CCCGGUGAUUGGGUGCUAUUUUGCUCGGCGUGGCCGGCAGCUGUUGCUGUAUAUUACCCUGGCCAGUCCGCGCCAGCCCGCAGGCGAAGGCAAGGUGGCAGCGCUCAAGCCCGAGGGCCUAGAGGAGGUGGGGACCCGGCCGGGUGUCCCUGAGCAGGAUCCGGACACACCCGAGCCGAGCAUGCCCGAGCCGGCAGCGCUCAGCGCGGACAAGAGAGCAGCGGAGAAGAAGCGUGUGGAGAAGGUGGGAGCAAAAGGCAGCACAGUGCCUGCAGUCCCCAAGAGCCUCCCUGUGAAGACAAAGGUGGAGCCCCAAAGCCUGGACCCCGCGGAGGAGCCACUCAUCUGGGAAGGGCUCACCCUCAACAAGUGCAUCCUGGUGGCCUCCAUCGUCGCCCUGCUCAGCGUCAGCUUCCAGGUGCUCCAAGCACCGCCAUGUUCCAGGGACGGUGUCAGCAGCAGCAGGCAGGAGCCUCCAGCACCUCCCAUCCCUGAGGUCACCAUCACCAAGGAGGAGGCCCCAGAAGUGGAGGCUCCCCCGCCCAUCCAGCCUGAAAGCAGCAUGGAGGAUGACAACAGCGAUGAUGACGGUGAUGAUGACAACAGCAACGAGGCUGACAGCAACCUGGCUGAGCCCUGGAUCUUCAAGAAGUGGUUUGGCCGCUCAGAGCCGAAGGAUGAGGAGGAAGAGCCCGCAGAGGAACCUGAGGAGCCGCCAGCCAAGGUGGAGGUGAGGAAGGGACGGGAAAAGCCCCGAGCCCCGGAGAAGAAGGAGGAGAAGGCAAAGGACAGCCGCGCAGCCCCGGCAGAGAGGAGCGGCCGGCAGGAUCCACGCCCCAAGGAGAGGACCCCUGAGGACAAGCCCAUCAGAGCCCCCAGGGCGCCCAAGGAGCAGGAGCAGCAGCCACACAAGAAGCGGGGCCGGGAGGGGAAGGAGAGCCGGCGGGAGCGGGACGAGCCCCGGAGGGAUGGAGGCAAGAGCCGCCCCGGCAGGGCCGAGCACCAGGAGAGCACCCGGCGAGACUGGCGGCAGCUGCGGGGCGAGCAGAGGAGCAAGAAGCCCUGGGAGCAGGCAGGGAAGGACGGCACAGCCAGGCCCCGGGAGGGCAGGCGGCGUGACUGAGGCUGGGACAAGAGGGGCUCGGCGGCGCUGCCUCGGGAGGGCCCAAUCUUGCCACCACUCCCGGCAAGGGCUGUGGAUGCAUGGACUCUGUCUGCCGAGCCCCUGCGGCCACAGCCCUGCUGUGGCUGGAGAGGAGCCAGGGGCUGGUGCGGUCAGAGCACGGUUUGGGGACAUCAGGGUCCUGCUGUGCCACCCGCCCAUGCCACCUGGCCAAGCAUGAGCCGUUGUGAGGACUUUGGGCCCCCUUGGGUGAGCUGCACAAAGGCAACCCGAAAGGGAGCAGGGAAACGAGCUCCUCUCCACCUGGGCUUCGUGCCUCGCUCCAUCCCCAACAGACAGCGCUCCUGCAGCUCACCCAUGCUCUGCGCUGCAACUGUGGGCACAGCGCAGCCCAGCGAACAGAGGGUGUCUCCAGACCACGUAGCUCUUGAAUUCAGUUACUGGUUUUAUUGAAAGCAAAUCAAAGAGAGAAGUGUGUUCUGGGUUAAAGAAGCCAGGCUGCUGCCAGCCUUGAAGGGACAACAAGGAACAGAACCCGGCCCCACCGCCACCGCAUGGAGACACGAAGCUUGCCCAGAGCAAAACCCCACUGGCAGCGCCAUCGCUGGGGCUCCCCUUGAACCUGCCUUCCCAGAGCCGCUUUUAGGAACAAAGCACAAGUGCAAUAUCAUGCAGCGCUGUAGCAACUACAGGAGACGUUCACAGCCCCAAAGCACAGUGGGUUUGAGUAUUUGCUAAACCAACAGAGGUUAAAAUAAACUAUUUUCAUUUUUAA